GCGGCGGUGUGCGUCAUGUCGGAGGAACAACCAACAGACGGGGGAAAGGUCAGGAGUCAUUACUUCGAGGUGGGGCCGCGGUACUUCAACCUAUCAUACAUAGGAGAAGGCGCCUAUGGCAUGGUGGUAUCUGCUAGUGACAGAGUUACCAAAACAAAGGUGGCAAUAAAAAAGAUAUCGCCUUUUGAGCAUCAGACAUAUUGCCAGAGAACCCUUCGAGAGAUCAAAAUCCUAACUAGAUUCAAACAUGAAAAUGUUAUAGAUAUCAGAGACAUAAUACGGGCUCAAACGAUAGAAAGCAUGAAAGAUGUUUACAUUGUACAGUGUCUAAUGGAAACUGAUUUGUACAAACUUCUCAAAUCUCAGAAACUGAGUAAUGACCACAUAUGUUAUUUCCUGUACCAAAUUCUACGAGGUCUGAAAUAUAUCCAUUCAGCAAAUGUUCUGCACCGGGAUUUGAAGCCAUCAAACCUUCUUUUAAACACUACUUGUGACUUGAAGAUAUGUGACUUUGGGUUGGCGCGAGUUGCAGAUCCAGAACACGAUCACACUGGUUUUUUGACUGAGUAUGUUGCCACUCGCUGGUAUCGUGCUCCUGAAAUCAUGCUCAACUCAAAGGGCUACACAAAAUCCAUUGAUAUUUGGUCUGUGGGCUGCAUUCUUGCUGAGAUGCUGUCUAACCGUCCCUUGUUCCCUGGGAAGCAUUACUUGGAUCAACUGAACCACAUCCUGGGUAUCUUGGGUUCCCCAUGUCAAGAGGAUCUAGACUGUAUCAUAAAUGAAAAGGCCAGAAGUUAUCUACAAUCUCUCCCAUACAAACCAAAAGUUCCAUGGACAAAACUGUAUUCAAAUGCUGAUGCCAAAGCUCUGGACCUGUUAGAUAAGAUGUUGACCUUCAAUCCCCAUAAACGCAUCACAGUGGAGGAUGCACUUGCUCAUCCAUACCUGGAACAAUAUUAUGACCCUGCUGAUGAGCCUGUUGCUGAAGAACCUUUCAAGUUUGAAAUGGAGUUAGAUGAUCUUCCAAAAGAGAAGCUUAAGGAACUAAUCUUUGAAGAAACUGUUUUAUUCAAGCAGCGUCUUGCUGCUGAAACACCCAUGCAACAAAACUGAAGGUGAUGUACUGACAUUUGAUGAAGAGUGGAAUAUAAAAUGAACAGGCAUUUUAUAGUUGAAGACUCUUAAGUAGGAAACUAAGGCUGCCUGUUUGCCAGGGGUUCAGGCAACAUCAAGAUAAUGCAUGAAGAUUAUGACUGGUUUCUCAGUCAGUGAAAAAUCUUCAUGCUACAGAGUUCACAGCAGGCAUGUUGUGUGACCUGAACACUAUGGCAAGAUUCCUGUUUGAAGAAAAUUGGACAAGUGCCUCACCUUUUUGGUCAUUUGGGCAAUAUAUGAAGACAAGUUGUGUUUUUAACUGGGGAAAAUUGGCUUGCAAACUGUGUUGGAAAAGGCUUGAUGAGAAAAUGUGUAUAUGAAACAUUUUGUUCAAUAGCCAAAAAGUGUCAGAAUUGAGAAAAAAAUAAAUUCUUAAUCUAGUUACUGGUUUCAGUCUUUUAGAAGUUAACUUAAAUGUUUUCAUGUGGCUGUCAGACUUCAUUAUAUGAAGCUAAGGUGUUAAGAGUCUUUAAUAGAAAACUUUUCUUCAAAAAUUUAUAACAACUUCAGGAGCACUUGUAGUAUUUGUUCUUAGUGAUGUAAUCUGUGCUCCUCUUGAACUGCCAGUAAUUGCUACUAAGAAGUGUUUGUUGUGAAAUUUUUGAUUAGGAUGUUGUUCAUCUGCUGUUGGAAUGUCGUAGUUAAUUGCUUUUGAAUUAUUGAUGUUCAAUUGCUUAUAAAGCACUUUGCUGAUGUUAUGUGGCAGAAACUGUUGUCUAGUAUUAUUGAUUGAAAAAUCUCACUGGAACUAAAUACUGAGCUCUUAGUAUCUUUUCACAUGGAUAUUAGUUUUUGUGUAUUUUUUGAAGUACAUAUUGUCAGCUUAAUUUUUAUACUAUAUUAGGGCAAGAAGUUUUUUGCAUUCCAAAUAAUUAGAUUCAUUCAAGAGUUCUGUUUAGAGAGUACAUACAGACUUCAGAUAGAUGUAGAGUUCCAAGAUGUGAACUAAGGUUCCACUUGUUGAAAAUACAUUAUAUUAAUUAAGACAAAAGCUGUGAUGAUGUCAGUGUCAUCCAUGCAGUCCUAGUUCCACCUCCUACUCCAGUAACUGCCAAGCUCUAGAUUGUGCUUUUCCUGAGCCGAUGAUCUAUGAAGAGUGACUUAUGAGUUUAUCAUAAGUCAUGAGCGCCAAAAGAAACUGCAUACAUUUAAAAAUAUUAGUGCUUUUGUUAUAAGUUGCAAAUUAUUGUUUAUUUUUAGAUAAACAUACUUUCUUGAUCUGUGGGGACUGGUCAUUGCAUUUAUUAUUUUAGUAUCAUUUUUUGUAUCAGUGGUAAUGAAGCCAGAAUUGAAGUACCUCAAGUUCUGAACCUGAAGCAGCAAAAUUAUGACAAUCUUGUAGAUAAUAAAACUGUAAAUCUCCAUUUAUUAUGCUUCAGUUUUCUUUGGUGCUUACUGUUUUUGACACUUUAAGUGUAAUGAUAGUGAUGCAGAAUCGUUCAGCCAGAGGAAAAAGGCUGUGUCCUUCAGUGAAAGUAAAUUUUGCAUAGCUUGUAUAUCAUGCCCUACUUCAGGUCAAAUAAAGUGGGAAAAAAAUCAACAUGUUAACAUAUUUAAAUGGAAUAUGAAUUUUGAUUUAUAUCAUUACAUAUGCAUAUUGGUAUUUCAUUUUGGAGUUAGAAUGUGUUCAGGAUCUUGUGUGACCUUAAUCAUUGUGUUGUUAUGAGGGAAAGUAUUUAUACAAGCAAAAAAUUGUAACAUUUUAUUAUGUAGUGGCUGACAGUUUCUCAGCACAGGGCUGGUAAGAAAAGAGGCAGAUUGCAGUAUAAAAAUAUAUUAAGGAACAGUUCCCAUUGUGAUGAAAGCCUAAUUUGUAUAGAAAGAAAGCAUAUCAUGCCUCAGAACCAAUGUAAAUGGUCCAAGGGUACAGUAAUGAAGGAUGCCCACAUUGUUAUAUGUACUAGAUGGGAAUUAUCAAAGUUGGAUCAUGCAUUUAUAUGUUAUAGUAUCAGGAUACUAUUCCUAACUACAUAUAUGUUUAUAUUUUUAAUGCACUUGUGAAAUAGUUGUAACUAUGACUGGAUUCAGGGAUGUAUUUUGAAGUGAAAAGUAUUUUUCUUAUAGCUUUAGUUCACCAUCUUUGAAAUGUAAUGUUACUUUAGACAUUGUUAAAAUGCAAAUAAUGAUUUUUCAAAUUUUAUUUACUAAAAGAUCAAGUUAAGUAAGAGUUUUUCAUCUGUUAAUUGGGCAGAGCCUGUACAGUUAUGGUCCUUGUGUGCACAGGGACAUAACUGAGGGGUCUUUUUUUCUUCACUCAGGGUUGAUCCCUGUAUUGAGUCAGAGUGAAUUUUGGGGUAUUUAGUCAUGCUGACUAUUACAUUGAUGAAAGGAUUUUCUUCUAUUUUCUAUAUCAAUACUCAAAUUGUAUCCAUCACAUCUUCCAUGAACUAAGUCAUCCAUGAUUUCAUACCCCCAAUCUAUGCCAAAGGGAAACUGUGUUGAAGAUGACAUGAUUAUUAGUUAUUCAUGAUGUCAUCUCUCUAAUGCAAUGUGGUAAGCUUAAGAUCUAUUAACCACUCUGUAUACAUGAUAAAAAGAAAGAAAGAAAGAAAGAAAAAAAUAUGUCUUUAAUAAUUAUAGAAUAUAUUUAAUUGAUUUAAA